AAGGAAUGAAAGAGAUUUCAGCCUCCGCAGUGAUUGUGCGUCUGCACUGAAGGACAGAAAGACGAGGAGAGAUGCUUAAAGCGGCAUGAUGCUGGAGGUUGCUGUUGGGUUCAGAAAACAGACCAGGAUGGAAGAUCAGGACAGAGUGAGUCAGGCAUCCAGCAUUGCCACAGUGGCCUUUCUGCCAAUCAGAGACAAGUGUCAUGAAAAGGUGCAGACAUUUGGAAAGAGGUGUCAAGCAGUAAAGAGAGACCCAAACUGCCUAGUGGUCAUCAGAGGAUGGCUCUACAAGAGGGACAGCACUGGAUUGAAGUUGUGGAAGAGAAGAUGGUUUGUUCUCUCUAAUUACUGCCUGUUUUACUAUAAAGACAGUAGAGAAGAAUCCGUGCUGGGCAGUGUUCCUCUUCCCAGCUACAAGAUUCUGUACUGCUCCCCAAGAGAGUGCAGGAACCGUAAAUAUGCAUUCAAGGUUGUCCAUCAGGGAAUGCGCCCGUAUAUUCUCAGUGCUGAUACUCAGGAGGACAUGUUGGGCUGGGUCAGGGCUCUCAGCCAAUCAGCAAGCAUGGAAGCUGAUGACAUCAUCAACAGACGCUGUGUCAGUUUUCAGGAUUUCACUCAGAUGAGGGAUGACACUGAAACGAUGGAGCUCCAGCAAACGGCAACAUUUCCAGAGAGGAGUGCCCAGAUUGCAACGAAAUUUAGCAGGGUUCAGACAGAAUCAACUCUGCUGGAUCAACACCAGAAGACACCAGAAUUGAGAGGAAGACAAGAGACUAGACAGAGAGCUCCUGAGGCUAUCAAGGGCUCCUCAAAAGGAACCUUAGGAACGCUGCCUCCAUUUCAUUAUGGGUCACAGUAUCACGGUUCUAUGGGCAGAUCAGAUGUUUGGCCACUUGAUAACUGCUCAACUGCUCCCCUGUCACCCUGUAUCUACACAGCGGUCUCAGAGAGAGGACAUCUAUCCGACAACUUUCAGACUUGUUCACUGUGCUACUGCUCAAACUACCACACAUCAGAACAUGUGACAAUGUGCAAGACAGGGCAAUCUGACAUCCUCAUGGAAAGAGAAAUACAGCCAAUCAGAGAUCUGGAAAAUGAUACAGAUGUGGUGCUCACUCGUUUGUGUGGUUGUGAUAAAGUAUUGCAGUCGCUCUCUAUGCAACUGGCACAGUUACAGGCAGAUAAGAAAAAUGUAGAGUAUACUUUAGAAAUGGGAUGGCUCGAUAUGGAAGAUGGACUUCAUGGAGAACAACAAGUAUCCCAGAAGGCUUUGCUUCAAGAGGAACUGGUCACACUGAGAGCCAGAAUAUGUGACAUGUCACUGGAGAUGGAAAGAUCGUGGAGUGAUUAUGAGCGAAUGGAGAGUGAGCUGUCUGUUUUCUAUUCACAUCUGCAGCAUAUUCUCCACUUUGGAACGGCACAGGAGCAGUGUCAGGCACAGAGGCAGCUCUGGAUGAUGGAGGAUAUCUUGUGUGGUCUGAGAUUAAACAAGAGUCGCUUUAUGGCCUUACUGGGUCUACAGACGCAGGGAGUUCAUCAGCCAAAAAAUGUUUCCUACUUCGAGGGCGAAUUAGGAGCUCACAACAUGGACUGUACGACCAAUAUGGAGCAUCAGGACUUUAUGGAAACUCCCCAGAGCUGUAAGAGAUGGCCCCAUGAGAGCUCUGCCCAUGAGAGCUCUGCCCAUGAGAGCAUGACAAGCACUGAACAUGACGCCACCAACGUACCAUAUGAACCGCUGCGUUUGAUGCAUGUUCUGACGACUACUCUACCAACAGCACUAAUUGCUGAGCGUAUUUUUGUAGAGGACCCCUCUCCUGAGCUGCAAAUCUCCCAGCAGUCAGGGCUCAAGAACAGCAAGAGAAGCGUUCCAAAGAAACCCAGCAGAAUGUUGCAUGAGAUGGCCAAUAAGAACAGAAAUAUCCACUGGGCAGAUGUAUCAGAGGACAGGCCUCAAAAGAAAUCAACACAAAAUCCCAACAGCCGGGACAAAGAUAAGGAACUUUCUGCAAUGCCUGAAAGUAAGGGCUGGACAUCCCAUCAGCAAGAGCUUGAGCCUGGAACCUUGAGCCUAACAAACUCAGAGUCUGACUGUGACCCUGACGUGACCAAUCAGAAUCAAGAAACCAAACUCAGACAAACGGAGCACAGAGUUCUGAGUGCAGCCAGAGAGAACUUCAUAGACGAUAUUCAUCCCCUGAAACUCAUUACGGCCAAUGAAAAAGAGACAGACAUCAACUACACACCAGAUUCGGCUGUCCUACACUUGAGCAAUGGCUACAGUGGUGACAGACGCAAAACAGAAAGCAACAGCAAACGGCCGGUCAGCCCACUAAUGCCACAAUGUGAUGAUGCAAGAAUCCACACUGAACUGGAGGAUAUGACAACACAACAAUCACUUUCCAAUGACAUCAUUGUCAUAGAAAGCCACUCCAUUAAUCACAUUUCAACUCUCACUGUAUUUAAGGGACAUCAGGGAAACAAACACACAAACAACCCUCAAAAAAAGAACAGAAGAAGUUUUGACGGACAAAAAAUUUCUGUCUCCACUAAUCUGAAAUCAGAAUGUUUUCUGUCUAAUAAACAAUGGUGUGAGUUAGUCCCAGUCUAUGCUCAUGAUCCAAAACAUCAAGCAUCUAUACCUUCAGUUGAAUACCAACAAUCAGACCAAGAAACCAAUCAUACAUUUGCCAGCCAACUUAUUGAAAACAUCUCAUCAUCUGGACACAGUAAUUUGGCUGAACCUGUACACCCAACAAGUGUUUCAAAGGGUUCAAAUGGAGAAGAUUGUGUGGAGGGCCAAAGUCCCGAAACAACGUUCAUAAUGGCAAAUCUUAGUCAAACUAAAAGAAAAGACUCCAUAAACCUCAAUGAAAUAUCCAAUCAACCUAAUCGACCAAUCGCAACAUCUGACAACCAAUUGAUAUGCACUUCUGAUCAAUCGAAUCUAGAGCAGUGCAUCUAUGAGGAAAUCCAGUUUAGCUCACCCAGAUCAAAAGAUGCCAAUGAGGAGAGAAAUACUAGCAGUGGAGAUGAAACACGGCUAUCAAACCUCACCAUACAUGAUGAUCUUGGACCAUCUCGCUCACUCAAUCACAAAGCUGCCAGUGAUGUUAAUGGCGAGUACAGCACAAUAAAUACAGAGGUCAAGAGAUGUCAGGAGGUGUCAAAGAGUAGAACAGGAAGUGAUGUCAUGUGCAAGAGAGGAAAAGGGCAGAAGGUUUACAGCUCUGUCAUGAAGAGUUCAGUUGUCAAUCAUCACAUCCAGGAUUGCAGGCCACGUAUAACCAUGGAAAUCACAUACUGAACGAGCAGUAUGGCUGGUGGCAUUGUCAUGCUGGAGGGUCAUGUCAGGAUGUGCCUGCAGGAAGGGUACCACAUGAGGGAGGAGGAUGUCUUCCCUGUAACGCACAGUGUUGAGAUUGCCUGCAGCAAUGACAACAAGCUCAGUCCGAUGAUGCUGUGACACACUGCACCAGACCAUGACGGACCCUCCACUCCAAAUCAAUCCCGCUCCAGAGUGCAGGCCUCGGUGUAAUGCUCAUUCCUUCAACGAUAAACGUGAGUCCGACAAACACCCCUGGUGAGACAAAACCGUGACUUGUCAGUUAAGAGCACUUUUUGCCAGUCCUGUCUGGUCCAGCGAAGGUGGGUUUGUGCCCAUAGGCGACGUUGUUGCCGGUGAUGUCUGGUAAGGACCUGCCUUACAACAGGCCUACAAGCCCUCAGUCCAGCCUCUCUCAGCCUACUGCAGACAGUCUGAGCACUGAUGGAGGGAUUGUGCAUUCCUGGUGUAACUUGGGCAGUUGUUGCCAUCCUGUACCUGUCCCGCAGGUGUGAUAUUCAGAUGUACCGAUCCUGUGCAGGUGUUGUUACACAUGGUCUGCCACUGCGAGAAUGAUCAGCUGUCCUUCUUGUCUCCCUGUAGCGCUGUCUUAGGCAUCUCACAGUACAGACAUUGCAAUUUAUUGCCCUGGCCACAUCUGCAGUCCUCAUGCCUCCAUGCAGCAUUCCUAAGGCAUGUUCACGCAGAUGAGCAGGGACCCUGGGCAUCUUUCUUUUGGUGUUUUUCAGAGUCAAUAGAAAUGUCUCUUUACUGUUGUAAGUUUUUAUAAUUGUGAUCUUAUUUGCCUACUGUCUCUAAGCUGUUAGUGUCUUAACGACCGUUCCACAGGUGCAUGUUCAUUAAUUGUUUAUGGUUCAUUGAACAAAACAUGGAAAACAUUGUUUAAACCCUUUACAAUAAAGAUUUGUAAAGUUAUUUGGAUUUUUACAAAAUUAUCUUUAAAAACACAUUUAUUGUGUGACGAGUCUUUCCACAUGAACACAGAUACUUGUUACAAUUAUAUAAACUCAGCAAAAAAAGAAACGUCCUUUUUCAGGACACUGUAUUUUAAAGUGUGAAAAUCCCCUUAUGAACACUUCUGCAAACAGUAUUUUAUGUAUUUAUUUCCUUACUUUUCCCUCUUUUUUUUAUCUCCUACACUAAAUACAGUUACAGUAUGUAAAGAAAUGCAAAGAAACUCAAUAAUAAUUUUUUUAAUGUGCUGCUCAAAAUAUAAAAAGGUUCCCCGAUCUCUCAAA